CUUCCGUUUUUAUGUCGCAGAGCUGUUUUUAGGCUGGACGUUAAAGUGUGUACUGCUAGGAGACUUCCCUGAUUUGCUUAAAUACAAUGGGAAUAGAGGAGGAAACGGACCGGACCGUCUUCAUAAGAAACCUAGAUACAAAAGUGACGGAGGAGCUUUUGUUCGAGUUGUUUUUACAGGCGGGGCCUCUCGUUAAAACAAAAAUUCCAAAGGACUUGGAUGGGAAACAGAAGACAUUUGGUUUUGCCGUAUACAAACAUGACGUGUCCGUGCCUUACGCCGUGCAGCUGCUCAACGGAACAUCGCUGUACGGGAGAAAUAUCCAUGUGCAGUUCAGAUCGGGCAGCAGUCAUGGCACCAGUCCAGGGAACUCACAGAAUUCAAGUCCUGCAAGCACCCCAAAUCCCCACAGCCAGAGGACCCCAGUCCAUUUCAGUUCCCCACCAUAUACUCCUCCACCCCAGAUGCAGAGAUCCUUCAGUUCUCCUGAUAAUCUGCAGAAACAUGUCACGAUGAACAACAUGAUGUGGCAGACCAACAUGAAGCAACUGGAGCAGUUAAAUGGAGUCUUCACCAAACCUCCGCAGCGGCAGACAUUUGCAGGUGGAAAGUCCGGCAGUGGUGACUUCAGGCAUCAUGACAGUUCCCCCUAUCGGCAUCACACGUCCCAAAAUAACAGCAGUGGCAGAAGCCAGCGCUAUGCGGACGAGUCAGGCUCGGGCCGUCAUCAGCAACAAAGCCACAGCCGAGAGAGCCAUUAUCACCAUCAUCACCACCAGAGCAACAGGAGUGGCAACCGUCACUUUGACAGCAGAGGCGGCAAUAAACACUAUGAUGAUAGGGGUAGCAACCGUGGCUAUCAAGAGAGUAGAUGGCAACGAUACUGAGACGUAAAGGAUUUCUGUACAGACUUAAGUUCUUCAGAUCUGCAGACAAUUUUCUAAAAGUAUGUCGAGAAAAUUAUUGUGUAUACUCAGGUUGUUUGUAAAGAUCCUACCAAUUUUAAGAUUUAAUUAAUAACUCAUGCCUUAGAGCCAGUUUUGGUUUUUUUGUUUACUUUGAAGGCGUUUUUAAAUUUGUACUCUUCCUUCGUGUGAGUUUUUCGUCACAGAUGUCGCAGAUAUUUUGAGGGGUGUAAACAUUGUCACAAAAGCAAGGACAACAAUAAGACCUGAUUAGUAGUUAUUUUUAGAAUCCAAGAAAGAAAAAAAAUUAUGUAUUUAAAAAAGAUAUUGGCCUGUUUUUAUGUUAUGCAAAUAUUUAAAUGGUGCUGUCAUGAUUUCAGAAAUUCUUCAGGUACUUUGCAAAGAAAGAACAACUUUCAGCUAAAGAUUCCACCAGCACCAAUUACUGGAACAGAGCACUGACUUUUUCUGAUUGUAACGUCCUAACCUUGCUCUUUUCCAGAAUAUCUUUUUUUUUUUUUUUAAAUUCUGAUCUGUAAGACCAUUUUAAAAUGAACAUUUUCAUUA